UGGAAGUCUCCCUCUUGGCCUCCUCCUUUCCAUACCUGGUUAGUACUUUGCAGCAAUCCUUCUCAGCUCUGGACUUCAGUCCCUGUCCCAUGAUGAACCUAACUUAAUGCUUCCCAUACCAGGAAGUGGCCCCUUUCCAGGAAUUAUCGACUUGUAUGGAACUGGAGGAGGACUCCCUGAAUACAGGGCAUGCCUGCUGGCCAACCACGGUUUUGCUGUGCUGGCUCUGGCUUUCUACAGCUAUGAAGAUCUCCCCAAAACGAUGAAGGAAUUCCACCUGGAAUAUUUUGAAGAAGCUGUAAACUAUAUGUUACAACACACCCAGGUUAAAGGUCCAGGAAUUGGUUUGCUUGGACACUCAAAGGGGGGUGACCUGUGUGUCUCUAUGGCCUCCUUCCUAAAGGGCAUCACAGCCACUGCCCUUAUCAAUGGCUCGGUGGCAAAUGUGGGUGCGGUGCUCCGCUACAAGGACAUCAUCAUUCCACCCCUUGGUAUCAAUCCAAAACGCAUCCAGGUCGGCAAGUCCGGGAUUGCUGAUAUUAUUGAUGCAUUGAACAGCCCACUGGAAGGGCCUGACCAGCAAAGCUUUAUCCCUUUGGAGAAGGCUGAGUGUUGCUUCUUGUUCAUUGUUGGCCAGGAUGAUCACAACUGGAAAAGUGAAUUCUUUGCAGUUGAGGGGAGCAAACGUUUGCAAGCACAUGGGAAAGAAAAGCCUGAGAUAGUCUGUUAUCCCGGAGCAGGACACUACAUUGAACCUCCCUUUUUCCCAAUGUGUGCAGCCUCAAUGCACUUGCUACUUGGCAAGCCUGUGAUGUGGGGAGGGGAGCCCAAGGCACACUGUGAGGCACAGAUAGAUGCUUGGCAGCAGAUCCAAGCUUUCUUUUGUAAACACCUCACAGGCAAGACAUCUGGAACAUCCAGUAAGCUCUGAUAUGAAUUAGGCUACUUUACAAAUGAAGAUGCUGGUUUUGUUAAAUGUUUUGUUAAAUGGCUCAGAAUGAGAACAAGGUGUAGGGAAAGAUUAAAUGAGAAAGCCUUAUAAAUAUGAUUGCCUGGCAAAGGAUUUGGAAAAUACAGAGACUGUGAGUGAAAUUGAGAUGAGAA